AUGCGCACUGCGCCCUCCGCCUCCGCCCGCAGCGCGACCCAUGCGCAGCGCUGCCCGCGGACCAAGAUGGCGGCCGGGAGCUCGUCGCGCUGGCUCGGGGUGGCCGCCGCCGUGGCCGCCGCCCGCAGCCGCGGGCCCGGGGAGAGGCGGUUACCGCUCGUCUGGCUCGUCCGGGGGCUCAGCCUCCCGCCGCCGCACCGCGCUGCCGCCGCCCGCCGCCUCCUGCCGCUGUGCGCCGGGCUCUGCGCAGCGGGGACGAAGCGCGCUGCCGCCGCUGCCGCCUCCUCCUUCCACAGCAGCGCCGGGGCCCGUUCCAAGGAGGACUAUUACCAGGUGCUCGGGGUGCCCCGCACCGCCACGCAGAAGGAGAUCAAGAAGGCCUACUACCAGCUGGCAAAGAAAUACCACCCAGAUACAAACAAGGAUGACCCUAAAGCUAAAGAGAAGUUCUCUCAGCUGGCAGAAGCCUAUGAGGUGCUGAGCGAUGAGGUGAAGCGGAAGCAGUACGACGCCUACGGCACGGCAAGCUUCGAUGCUGGUGCUGCUGGCGCUGGUGCUGGUGCUGGGCGGCAGUACUGGAGCAGCGGCCCCUCCAUCGACCCGGAGGAGCUGUUCAAGAAGAUCUUUGGAGAGUUCUCAGGAUCCCCUUUUGGUGAUUUUCAGAACGUCUUUGACCAGCCACAGGAGGUUCAGAAAAGUUCUGUGUUCAGAAGGAACGGAGCAGAUAUCCACUCGGACCUCCUCAUUUCCAUAGCACAGGCUGUUCUGGGCGGCACAGCCAGGUGUCAAGGCUUGUACGAGACAAUCAAUAUCACAAUACCCCCUGGUAUUCAGCCAGACCAGAAAAUCCGAAUGAGUGGGAAAGGCAUCCCCAGGGUGAACAGUUAUGGCUAUGGAGACCACUACAUUCACAUCAAGAUUAAAGUUCCACAGAGGCUGACGGAUCGCCAGAGAGCCUUAAUGAUGAGCUACGCCGAGGACGAGGCGGACGUGGACGGCACCGUGAACGGGGUCACGAACACAGCAUCGGGAAAGCGUUCUACUGGAAACUAAGAGCCAGCAGCAGCUCGUCUGUGCAGCCCAGAGUGAACCUUUCUGGCAGCAGGCUCUGGAGAGCAAAGGACAUCAGGCAGCAGCAGAGGGAGAAUCCUGCUGGAGGGGCUAAAACCACUGAGACACCAACCAGCACCACCAAACCAAACCCACCCACCAGCCUAGGAAAUGGUAACGAAGGAGAAUGGCAGGAGUGUGGCUCUCUGGAGGCUGCUUCCCAAGUCUCUGCUGCUCCUGGGAGCUUUAUUUGGUAAAAGUUGAAAUGUUAUUUAGAGUCCAAAGUAGCGGGAAUGGGAAAUAAAACUGGCCUGGAGCAGAGCAGUUUGCUGUGUGGAGUCCUGCAGCUGGCUGCUGCUUGCUCAGGUGCCCUUCUGAAUGUAGAUGUGCUGAGUGAAUGUGUCACCAGUGACCUCCCAGGGGACUGGUGGGUGGGUGAGGUUUAACCUUGGCUUCACCCAGCCCUCCCACACAUCUUGGAACGGGAGUGGGAGGGCUUCCUGGGGCUGGGACUCAUCGGAGCCCAGCACUGCAGGGUCUGUAUUCCUGCUGAGUUGCUGCACAGAGCAGCCCCAGAAGCUGUGCUUUGCCUCAGGUCUCCCUCCCCCCAGACUUAACUAGUUAGUUACCACACAGCUGCUGUUGUCGCUUCUGACUGGGUACAAGAUCAGCACCAAGCCCUGUGCCAGUUUGGGACAAAGUCUUUUAUUGUCUUAGCACAACACCCAUAGCAUAAAGGAUUGGUCAAAGAGUUCCUACAUGUGUGAGAGCAAAGUGGCUGGCUCCUUCCAGGCACAGUGGAGCUCUUGCAGUGAGUGUGAGUCUGCUGCUGUUAGUGCUGCUGUGCAGGUACCACCAGCCCACCAACGAAGUGACCAGUUAAAGCAGGACCUGCUGUAGGCUUGCCCUUCUUGAUUUGCUGAAAUAAAAGCACGUGUUGCCUCCUGAUUAAAGCUGUCUGUAAAGUGAUUCUAUAUCCAUGUAAAUAAGAUUGACUUCAUAAAGAUAUUUAACACCUGCUGUGCCUCCCUGCCUUGUCUCUCACCCUGUCCCUCUCCCAUGACAGGAACGAAGGUCUGCUUGUGGACAAGGAGAGGGCUACAUGUCCUGAGCCUCCCUGGUGGUCAUUAAGCCAAAUCCCAGAGCUCUCACCAGAGCAGACCCAUAAGCAU